AUGGAUUCCGGGAGCACGGAGGUCCUCGUUGAAAACAGCUGCUUCCGACUAUACAAGGACGGCCACAUCGACCGUCUCGUAGGCGCGGACGAUGUGCCCGCCGGCUUCGACGCCGACACCGGCGUCACCUCCAGAGACGUCGUGAUCGACGCCGUCACCGGCGUCGCCGUUCGCCUCUACCUGCCAGACGUCCAUGCCGCUGAAUCCGACGGCGCCGAUAUCAGUACCGCCGCGGUCACGAAGCUCCCGAUCGUCGUCUUCUUCCACGGCGGUUUCUUCAUCGUCGGAUCAGCCGGCUGCCCUAGGUACCACCGCUACGUGAACUCGCUGGCCGCCGACGCCCGCGCCAUCGUCGUCUCCGUCGACUACCGCCUCGCGCCCGAGCACCUGCUCCCGGCGGCCUACGACGACUCCUGGGCCGCGCUCAACUGGGCGGUGUCCGGCGCCGACCCGUGGCUGUCCGAGCACGGCGACCUCGGCCGCGUCUUCGUGGCCGGCGCCAGCGCCGGCGGGAACAUAGCCCACAACAUGGCCAUCGCCGCCGGCGCGAGCGGCCUCUUCGCCGCGGCGACGCGCCUGGAGGGGGCGGUCUUGCUCCACCCUUCGUUCAGCGGCGAGCGGAGGAUCGAGACGGAGUCAGAGGAGUACAGGGAGAGCGUCAAGAUGCGGUGCUCCGUGAUCUUCCCCGGCGCGAGGGGCGGGCUGGACGACCCGAGGAUGAACCCGACGGCCGACGGCGCGCCGAGCCUGCGGACGCUGCCGUGCGAGAGGAUGCUGGUGAGCGCGGCGUCGGAGGACGCGAGGCUGCCGAGGAUACGGGCGUACUACGACGCCGUGAAGUCCAGCGGGUGGCGCGGGCAAGUGGAGUGGUUCCAGUCGGAAGGCAAGGGGCACGCCUUCUUCGUCGACGAGCAUGGCUGCUGCCGCGAGGCGGUUGCGCUCAUGGAACGAGUGGUUGGUUUCAUCGCCGGCUAUUAA